GAUAUACCCCUCAAUUCAUUCAGAGCAAGCUACUCAGUCAUUUACUCUCGAGAAAUCAGUGUCAAUACUUUCCUGCUUCAGGUUAAGCGCCUGUGUCCGCUGAGAGUCAAAGAGUUGCUGGUGACGUGCAACAGCAACCAAAAUGCGUUAGGCGUUCAAAUUGCGACACAGGUAGACUCUUUGGCUGGCGGCGGACAUACUCGUAAGCAAUGACUCAAUAGCUAACACAAAAAAGCAAAAGGCAGAAAAAUCUGUUGCAGAGUGAAACACAAAAAAUACAAAAGGCAAAAAAAUCUGUUGCAGAGUGAAAUGUCCGACGAAAGGAAUGGAUAGAAACAGGAGUGUCAAUCGUUAAGCAUUUUCGCGUAGGCCUCACAGUGCGUUAUGGGUUACGAUCGAUCAGGCCACCCUUUCGGGCAUCCAAAAUUGACUCCGCGACAGUUCCGUCGACUGCUUUGUAUAGCGGCCCUCUUCCUACUCUCUGUCCUUACGCUUGAUCAAUUAGGUGUUUUUCUCAAACUCGGUGAGGAACACUCGCUUGAUCCAGGCUAUGACUACCCCCUUCGGGGAGACCAAUUUGAUGACCUUCUGCCAGUGAAUCACGUUUACGAUUCGCUUGACUAUCAAAUCCACAGUAACACAGGCUGUAAACAGCGUCUGCGUCUGGCAAUCUUCGUAAAAAGUGCUUUGCCCCAUCGGAGUCGACGGAAUGUUAUACGACGAACAUGGGGCAGGAGGAGGUUUAGUAAUGUUGACACGAAAACAUUCUUUGUCAUCGGUCGAGGUGCCGAGGACAGUGAUCUGAUCGUAGAGAACGAAAAACAUCAAGACAUCAUUCAGGCGGACUUCGUUGACAAUUAUUACAAUAACACACUGAAGACAAUGACUUCACUCCGGUGGGCCACGCAAUACUGUAGGAAUACGCAGUAUUUUCUCUUGAUCGAUGAUGAUUACUAUCUUUCUAUAAAGAAUCUUUUACGCUACAUUAACAUCUAUGAGGCAGAAUCUGGCGGAGCUCUAUUCGUCGGAAUGUUGUUCCCGAACUCGGCGCCCAUACGACACCGGUUCUCGAAAUGGUUCGUCUCACUCAGGGAUUACCCGUACUCCAGAUAUUCGGCUUACAUUACAGCCGGUGCAAUGCUGUUCAAUCAAGACGCUGCACAGAAAAUCUACAGUGCGUCAAAAUUCAGCAAACAUUUUGUGUUCGAUGACAUCUUUGUGGGUAUCUGCGCACGGAAGGCGCGCAUACAGCCGAAACAUAGUGACUUUUUUCAAAUGUGGCGGGCAGAUGAUCUACGCGAUAUGAUCGCGGUUCACGGCUAUGCCGAUUCUGAGCUUGAAGAGGCCUGGACAGCGUCUUACCAAAAAGGAUAUGCUUGAGAUUGCUUGCCCUAUGAAUACGUCAUAAUAGCGAAGUUUCUCUAGAACAUUUUUACAACCAUAAUUAUUUAGUUAUAUACAAAAAGGAACAGCACACAUUUGAUGUAAAUAACGUACUCGAAUCUUCGAAAAUUUAGCAAAGAUUGGAUUAGAGAAAACAAAGAAAUGUUAGAUAGAGCCAGUAUACAUGAUACGGCUUUGUCUAUUAUCGGAGCUGUGUGAAAGCACUUGUUAGACGUGGAAGUGUCAUUUUUACGGGCUACCAUGACAUUGAAUUUAUGAGUCUGAAAGCAAAACUGAAAAAUGAAUUUCCGAGGAGAAUCUUUUAUUGCAAGUGUUAUAAGAAACUCGUCGAAGAUCCAUCGUUUUAUCGUUGGAACACAUGGCAAUACUUCACUGUUCUAACAUAGUCUACCCAACAGGACAAAUAUGCACAGUAACCGAAUUCGUUAUAAGCAGACGAAUUAGUGUAGGCUAGGGAGAAUUGCAAGUGAUUUAAGUCAUUAGAUAGGGAACCGCUAUGUUAUGGAAACAUAAUGACAGUUGUUCCAAGUAGUAAUUUUCCAUGAAUUUUUAAUUUGGGUCUACAAUGACCAAACGGUUCCUGCAAAGAAGCCUGUCUUAGACGGCGUAAUUUUCCGUUGAAUAGAUUAGUCAUAUUUUGAAAAAUAGAAAGAACGGCAGUUUCUACAAGUCCCCUAGAGGGGAUCUAGACUGCCACAAAGUUGUUAUCAUACUCGUGGUGUGAAAUAGUAGAACAACAAGAUCUGGAAAAAUAUCUAUUAUCGCCGUAAAUGAAAAAGUGCAAGCGGUCGAGAUGGGCAAUCUUCCAAUGCACUCUGUUACGUUAUAGGGAAAAGUGGUACCGAUUUAGUCCGCGCACAAUCUAUCAACUACUUGACAUCUAAACAGCCGACAAACUCGGACACAUUGGCAAAUCUUACGAACUAAUUCCAUGAGCAACGUGACGUAACGAUGGAUUUCUUGGAAAACGACAUCGAUGUUUAGCCUAGGCCAAAUAUGAUCUUUUGUUAUAUGUUGCUGGUCGCGUGUAGUUAAUUCACUAUGCAUAUAAAAUAUAUAAUACUGAUGCGAAGGACAUGUGUAUGCGGAUGCCCCACAACUGCCAAUUGUGUAUGUACAUAUUUAUACAUGAAACACACAAAAAUGUACCGAAAUUUUACUAAGAAUUUAUCUCAAGAAGAAACAGCAGAAGUAUAUUUGU